AUGGAAAAGGGUAAUGUUUUCGAUAAUGGGUUCGGGUUGCUGGUGUUAUCACCAUUGUUGCCGGGCAGGGGAAGUUGUGAUAAGGAUACAAGUCUUGUGCUAUAUGGGAUGAACCUGGAUGUUGAGGUUGCUAGUGCUGCAAAUGGUGGGUGUUUGGACCUGCAGAGUGAGCAAUCCCGCCUCGAGAAGAUAGACGAGGAAGCAGUAUGCGGGACUCCCAAAAGGGUAAAAGGUUUGGGGUUUUUCCAAUAG